AUGUCGGGGGCACACGGAGGAUAUAAUCAGACAAAGCGAGCUUCCACUCCUCGUGUGAACGAUGCCGUGAGGGGGUCGCAGAGGGGGACGCCCACGAGCGCGGCGAGCGUCUGUUCUGCCGAGGACGGUGAGAGUCGUACACCAGUCGGAGCUGUUCUUGUCAAUCUUUUAGACCUGGAUCCUCCUGACCUGUCCAUCAAGGUGAUAUGUCAUGUGGAUCCCUCUUACUCGGCGAUUGGCGGGUUGCAGCGCGUGGUGAGCGAGUUUGCCGAGCUCGGCUCGGUCAGCCCUUUGGUGGCGUUGUCCACACCCCCAUCCACCAACGCCCAGGAGGGACAUGGACCAAAGGCCAAGGAGCCGGCCCCCGGUGAGUGCAACGGGCAGCGUUAUACCGAUCCCCCUGACUCUGUACGGCAGGUACUAAUGUCCAGUUCAUCCUUCUCCUCAGCUUCCACUCCUCGUGUGAACGAUGCCGUGAGGGGGUCGCAGAGGGGGACGCCCACGAGCGCGGCGAGCGUCUGUUCUGCCGAGGACGGCGAGGCGGCAUACGCGGCUCUGUGCGGACUGCAGAAGGUCGUCCGCGGCUUCAAUGAGCAGGAAUGCGUGAGCCCCUUCUCAGCGGUGCGGAGCGCCCCGCAUCACGGCAGCUUGCGGGAGAGUCUGACCAAGAAAAGCUUGGCUCAGGAGGAGGAAGGAGAAUCUCCGCGACCUCCGGACUCCUCUCCAGUGCUGGGCACUCGCUUCCUGUGUGAAGGAUCCUGGUACUCCAAGGCUGACUCCUCAUAUUCUGCCCUCAGCGGCCUGCAGAAAGUGGUGAAUGGCUUCUCUGAUCUCGGCUGCGUCAGUCCGUUCUCCGCGGUCAGCACGUCUGCAAGUGAAAGCGCCGUAGAAAUCUGCUCGCGAAAGAAAAGUGACCAGCCGGCCAUUGAUACUUCCUGUUCUGCUCUCAGCGGACUGAAGAAGGUGGUGAAUGGCGUCACUGACGGCAGCUGUAUGAGCCCGGCCACGGCGUCCAGUAACCCGUCCAGUGUGGGGGAGCCUGACCCCGGUGUACGGAGGCGAUGUGAGCCAAGCGAAGCUCACAGCGACUCUGCACGCUCUCAUGGACCAUCGAACACUUCACAUAAGAACCCCCCCCGAUCCAGCGGCCAGUGUAUUGACCUGACGCAGGAGGAGGAGCCAGCAGGCGCUAAGGCCAGAACAGCCAAUCAGUACAAGCGGAGCGCCAGGAACGACUCUUCGGGGGGCCGGACCCCAGAAUUACCCCCCGUCCAGGCUGUGAGGCCGAUGGGGGGGAGGACCAGACCCCCAGCCGGCGGCCAGCUCAUCGACCUGACUGAGGAGGAGGAGACUCCGGCCAGGCACAGGGUACCGAGCGCAGAGACGGCCAGUAGACCUCAUUCUGCGGCCGCCAUUGUGCCACUGAACUGA